AAAUAUUUGUUUUCCUUCUGGGCAGGGCAGAGCAGAGCAGAGGCUUACGUGGGUUUGCCACCGGCCAAAGCUGACGGGAUGAACACUUCCCGGCGUUUUUAAAUCCACCACACCCUCGAGUUUGUUUGCUUGCUUGCUUGUUUUGGACGCGAAUUAUCCUGGCGUAUUGAUUUACGAUAGAUUACUGCCCCUUGACGCGUUUAUCUUCUUGUGUCUUCAAUGUUAACAUCUCGCUGGUCUCCCCGGUCCACUGAGGACAUUGAUUUUUGUGGCGUGGGUGCUGGGUUACGUCGUCUUUCUGCACUCCCUCAGGAUGACGGCUAAGUACGCGAGAGGUUCGCUGGCACGCUCACUUUUAGUGAACAUGAUGAACGAAGGGGAAGGAACAUCGAUGGAGACACAGGAGUGGUACAGAUGCUGCCCCGAUCUGCUUGGGGAGUCUCUACGACCUCUGUUUGUUCAGAGUCAUCUCGAUUCAGGCACCAAGGCAUUCCUCAAGCAAAGCAUUGACAAGUCAAACUGGUUGUUCACACAACUCUAUCACUCCUUUGUAUCAAGUGUCCUUACCCCGAUGGUUUCACGCACCUCCAUCAAUGGGUUUCUGGGGCGUGGAUCUAUGUUUGUGUUUUCCGUGGAGCAAUUUCAGAAACUCCUAAAGAUCGGCCCAGAUUGGAAGGCAGACAGACUUCUGGACCUCGGAGCUGGUGAUGGUGCUGUCACAGAAAUUAUGAGAGGCCAUUUCAGGGAAAUUUAUGUUACUGAGGUCUCUCCACCGAUGAAAUGGCAUCUGCAAAGGAGGAAUUUCAUGUUGAUGGGUAUCGACGAGUGGCAGCGGAGCGGCCUUCAGUACGAUGUCAUCAGUUGUCUCAACCUGUUGGACCGCUGCGAGGAUCCUCUACAUCUCCUGCGGGACAUCAGGCGAUCGCUCGUUCCCCACACCGGACGCCUCAUUCUGGCUGCUGUUCUUCCCUUCCAGCCUUACAUAGAAGUUGGUGGGAGAUGGCAGCGUCCCCAAGAACACCUCAUCAUACAAGGAAAGACAUGGGAGGAGCAAGUAACCAGUCUGUCACAUGACGUCUUCCAAAAGUCGGGAUUUGAGGUAGAGACUGUGACCCGAUUGCCAUAUCUCUGUGAAGGGGACAUGUACAACAAAUACUAUGUUCUCGACGAUGCAGUUUUUGUUUUGAAGGCGUCGAACGUGACUGAAGAGUUCGUUCAAUGAAGAACGGAGCUAGGUGUGAGGGUGCACCUAUUUUGCCAAAAUGAACCCUGAAAGCAUGGCUUUCAAGUCAAAUUGAUGUAAAAAAAAAAAAAAAAAAAAAAAAAAAAAACUUUUGAGACAGUGAUACCUCAUCACUUUUAAGAAAAGGUGACUUUUUUCCCUUAGCUUGAGCUGUGUAGGGAUGGUACACAUCGCUGUAUUGUACUGUGUAAUGUUUUUAUGUGGGAAGUAGAAAGUAAAUUGUUUACCUUUCCACGUCAAUGUGAAAAAUCAAAUCUAAAUGCACAUUCAUUUACAUGAUUUCAAUGACUGAUUAAUCAAUUUUUAUACUUGUAUACAUGAUAGUGGUAGAUUAAGGUUCCCUCAAAGACCCAUUUUAUUUUUUUAACAAAACCUGUUCUGAAAAGCACAAAUAUUGAAAUCAGUGUUGUGCAGUCAAUUUCAGUACCUCAUUAUGUACAGAUUGAAAUUAAACUGGAAAUAAACAUCCACCAGCUCUGUGAUUUUAGAAUGGAAGAGUAUUCCACUGAUAAGCUGUUCCUUGUGUUAGAAAGUUACUGUAGCCAUUAAAAGGAUCUACACUUUUUGCGUAGUUUCACUUGACGCUUUUGUUGCCAACGGUUUAGACAUGUCUGAGUGUUCAAGUUAUAUUGCUUCGUGAAUCCUGACACAAGCAAUAUUUGUAUUCUAAUGCAGUGAGUUCCUCAAUAAAGAAUAUGAUUACA